UAGGAAUGGGUAAUUCAGACUCUCUUCUCACGCCAGAAAGACUGGAAGAUAUUCAAGAGCAGUCACAUUUUGAUGAAAAAGAGAUUAAGUUUCUGCUGAAGACUUAUGCCAAACUGGACCCCUCCCCUGAAGGUGAGGAUGGUAUCCCCGUGGAAUCUUUCCUUUCCCUUUACAUCUUUGCUGGCAAUGAGCUUGCAAGGAGAGUGGUAUUGAAACAUGCUAGUGGACCGGACCGUACCAUUCAGCCAGAGGGGUUCUUGCUGUGUCUGUCUGUGCUGAGCAAGAAAGCAGAUUAUCCUGAGAAAAGUAAAGCCCUCUUUGAUGCGCUAGAUGUGAACAAAGAAGGUCUUGUAAGAUUUGAGCAGCUCUUCAGUCUCUACAAGGGUAUGUUCACCCCUGCAUUGUCGGAUGACCAGAUAACGGAGGCUGUGAUUGGUGCAUUGCAGAAAGUCAGAGGUCAACAUCCUGGCACCAUCUCAUACCAAGAAUUUCUGAGGAUGGUGUCGCCCACAGAGCUGAACCAGAAGAUGACGAUCGACAUUCCUCUGCCGACAUGAAGAAGGUCAUGUGACCAGGAUUAAACUCGUCGCAUCCAGCUCUUAGGUUGAAAAUCUACA